GAGUGGCAAGCAGCACGGGAAUUCCCUCGCUGGUGUCACACGACAGAACAGCCGACAGCGGCCUGGACAUGAAGCUGGGCUUGCUCCUCGUGCUGGCCACCCUCCCCUUUUGCUGCCAUGCAGGUGCUGGCUGCCAGCUUCUUGAGAAUGUGAUCGAAGAGACCAUCAGUCCGAAUGUGACCGUGUUCGAUUACGUAGAUUAUCUCCAGCCUUUCAUCCCCAACCAGUUCACUGAGUCAGCCUUGGAAGAGCUCAAACAAUGCUUUCUCGCCCAGUCAGGGGACACGCUGGCCAAUGUCCAACUGAUGAUGGACACGAUAUAUAGCAGCAUUUUCUGCAGCUUAUACUAACUUGCCACGAGACCUUGGGCUUCGAGGGCUGCAGAGGAUGACGAGAAAUGGACGCCCGUCCUCCACUCCUAACUUUCCUUCCUUCCUUUCUCCUCCCACCUGUACACAGCAAGGCAAUGGCUGAAACCUGAUAUACAUUUUCAUCUCAAUAAACU